AUGGACCCCGAAGGCAGCGCGCCUGGUCCCGACGACCGUCGCAACCAGCAGGUCGACAAUGCCAUUCGCGCCAUUCGCGAGAAGAAGCCUCUACCCGAGAUCGACUUCACUAUCCACACCAUGGAAGAUGGCACCCAAGUCAACACCAUGGAGCGAGUUUGCAAAGAUGUCCAAGCUCCUGCCAUGUUCACCCCCUCCGACGAGCAGUUCUUCGAGGACGAAACCCACACGAAGCCCAACAUCAACUUCCUGAAGCAGCACUUCUAUCGCGAGGGUCGCUUGACCGAGGAGCAGGCCCUAUGGAUUCUCAGAACCGCCACCGAGCUGCUCCGCGCCGAGCCCAACCUGCUCGAGAUGGAUGCGCCCAUCACUGUUUGCGGUGACGUUCACGGCCAGUACUACGAUCUGAUGAAGCUGUUCGAGGUCGGUGGCGACCCGGCCGAGACGCGAUACCUCUUCCUCGGUGACUACGUCGACAGAGGUUACUUCAGUAUCGAGUGUGUCCUGUACCUCUGGUGCUUGAAGAUCCACUAUCCCAAGACCCUGUGGCUGCUCCGUGGUAACCACGAGUGUCGCCACUUGACGGACUACUUCACCUUCAAGCUGGAGUGCAAGCACAAGUACUCUGAGUCUAUUUACGAGGCCUGCAUGGAGUCCUUCUGCUGCCUGCCCCUUGCGGCUGUCAUGAACAAGCAAUUCUUGUGUAUCCACGGUGGCCUGAGUCCUGAGUUGCACACUCUGGAUGACCUGCGUAGCAUCGAUCGAUUCCGUGAGCCGCCCACUCAGGGUCUCAUGUGCGAUAUCUUGUGGGCCGACCCUCUUGAGGACUUUGGACAAGAAAAGACCAGCGACUAUUUCCUGCAUAACCAUGUCCGCGGUUGCUCCUACUUCUUCUCGUACCCGGCCGCAUGCAAUUUCCUCGAGAAGAACAAUUUGCUGUCCGUCAUUCGAGCCCACGAGGCGCAAGAUGCAGGCUACCGAAUGUAUCGCAAGACGCGUACCACGGGCUUCCCCAGUGUCAUGACCAUCUUUUCGGCGCCCAACUACCUCGAUGUUUACAACAAUAAGGCUGCUGUUCUGAAGUACGAAAACAAUGUCAUGAACAUCCGGCAAUUCAACUGCACGCCCCACCCGUACUGGCUACCAAACUUCAUGGAUGUCUUCACAUGGUCGCUGCCGUUCGUCGGUGAGAAGAUCACCGACAUGCUUAUCGCGAUCCUUAGCACUUGUUCAGAGGAGGAGCUCAAGGAGGACGCUACUCCUUCGUCCACAUCGCCCGGUCCCAUGUCGCCCCCCCUCUCCGGAACGCAGGAUCCCGAGUCCAUCGAGUACAAGCGCCGCGCAAUCAAGAACAAGAUCUUGGCCAUUGGCCGUCUUUCGCGUGUGUUCCAGGUGUUGCGUGAGGAGUCUGAGAGGGUUACGGAGCUUAAGACCGUCUCCGGUGGCAGACUUCCUGCUGGAACGCUCAUGCUUGGUGCUGAGGGUAUCAAGAACGCCAUCAACACAUUCGAAGACGCCCGCAAGGUUGAUUUGCAGAACGAGAGGCUUCCUCCCAGCCAUGACGAGGUUGUGAAGCAGCAAGAUGAGGAUAGGAAGCAGGCGCUCGAGAAGGCUGCCGAAGAUGCUGCCAACGAUAAGAAGCUGCAACAAUUGUCUAGGAGACUGAGCACUGAUCGCAAGAGUCAUAAGGGAUGA